AGCCCGGCUCCUCCCCUCCUCCUCCCCCUCCCCGGCCUGACCUGGCCGGCCGCAGCCGUGGUGACUCCCCUCCUGCCCCCUCCCCAGCCGCUGUCGCCGCCGCCUCAGCGGACCAGGGACUUGCCUGUCCGCGGCUGCUCCGGACCUAGAGAAUCAAGACAUAAUGGGAGCAUUUUUAGACAAACCAAAGAUGGAAAAACAUAAUGCCCAGGGGCAGGGUAAUGGGUUGCGAUAUGGGCUAAGUAUCAUGCAAGGCUGGCGAGUUGAAAUGGAGGAUGCACAUACUGCUGUGAUCGGUUUGACAAGUGGACUUGAAACAUGGUCCUUCUUUGCUGUGUAUGAUGGGCAUGCUGGUUCUCAGGUUGCCAAAUACUGCUGUGAGCAUUUGUUAGAUCACAUCACCAAUAACCAGGAUUUUAAAGGGUCUGCAGGAGCACCUUCUGUGGAAAAUGUGAAGAAUGGAAUCAGAACAGGUUUCCUGGAGAUUGAUGAACAUGAGAGUAUGUUGGAGAAGAAAAACGGUGCUGACAGAAGUGGGUCAACAGCUGUGGGUGUCCUCAUUUCUCCUCAACACACCUACUUCAACUGUGGAGACUCAAGAGGGUUACUGUCUAGGAACAGGAAAGUUUACUUCUUCACACAAGAUCGCAAACCAAGUAAUCCGCUGGAAAAAGAACGAAUUCAGAAUGCAGGUGAUUCUGUAAUGAUUCAGUGUGUGAAUGGCUCUCUGGCUGUGUCAAGGGCCCUUGGGGAAUUUGAUUACAAAUGUGUCCAUGAAAAAGGUCCUACAGAGCAGCUUGUUUCACCAGAGCCUGAAGUCCAUGAUAUUGAAAGAUCUGAAGAAGAUGAUCAAUUCAUUAUUCUUGCAUGUGAUCAUAUUUGGGAUGUCAUGGGAAAUGAAGAGCUCUGUAAUUUUGUAAGAUCCAGACUUGAAGUCACUAAUGACCUUGAGAAAGUUUGCAAUGAAAUAGUCGACACCUGUUUGUAUAAGGGAAGUCGAGACAACAUGAGUGUGAUAUUGAUCUGUUUUCCAAAUUCACCCAAAGUAUCGCCAGAAGCAGUGAAGAAGGAGGAGGAGUUGGACAAAUACCUGGAAAGCAGAGUAGAAGGUGGAUCACUUAAGAAAAAAUAAGUAGCUUUAUUAAAGAAAAACCUCAGCAUAAUCAAACUUUUAUAACAUGUUAACUUUUAGAUCUUUACGUACAUGACUUCAACA